GAUUGCAUACGGACUCGUGACUACACUGUUUUGUUGAUCGAAAGGGAACACGUAUAUCAUCCUACCCACUUUAUAAUAAAUAAAUAGCCCCCUUCUUUCAUCAUCAAUCCACCGUUUGAUCGAUCGUCUCUUCCAACUCAAACCACCAGUUCAUAAUCUUAAACCAUCUGAGAUAAUUCAAUCAAAGUCUCUACAACAAAAUACAAACCGGGAAUAACGUUGUUACAAUUCAGAACCCUGCUUAUGCUACGGAUAAAUUAGUGAAUAAUUGUGGUAUAUAUAUUAUAUGUACAUAUUGGAGUCUGGAAUUUAGGAAAUGAGUAGGUCAAGAAAGUCGGUUCGUCAGUGCAGUCUGGAUGAUGGUGGUGGGAUUGUUGGUAGGGCAGCAGCCUCCGGUGAGGGGUUACCGGAGAUUGGGGUAGUAACAAAGCUUAGGACACGACCCCAUAAGUUAUUUAGCCCUCGGAAAUCGGAAAAGUUUCUUUCCCCGGUUAAAAUGUUGGUUGGUCGAGAAGGUAAUUACACUGGGAGGGCAAAAUUCACAUCUUCGGAUCGUUGUCAUCUCUCGAGCAGAUAUCUGCCGGUUAAAGGUCCUUCCGUGAUCGAUAGGAUGGAUAGUUGUGCUUAUGUUUCGCAGUUUUCAGCUGAUGGUACUCUUUUUGUUGCCGGAUUUCAGGACAGUGAUAUUAAGAUAUAUAGUGUCGAUAAUGACUGGAAAGUUAAGAAAAAUAUUCGUGCCAGAAGUUUGCGUUGGACAAUCACAGAUACAUCCCUUUCACCUGAUCAGCGUUUCCUUGUUUAUUCCAGUAUGUCCCCUGUUGUUCAUAUUGUGGACACUGGAUCAUCUAUGACCGAGUCUGUUGCAAAUGUUACUGAGAUUCACGAGGGACUGGAUUUUUCUGGUCAUGAUGACGAUGAUCAUGACGAUUAUUCAUUUGGAAUUUUUUCUGUGAAAUUUUCAACUGAUGGAAGAGAACUUGUAGCUGCAAGUAGUGAUGAUUCAAUAUAUGUUUAUGAUCUUGCAGCUAACAAGUUGAAUGUCCGCAUACCAGCUCACAGGUCUGAUGUUAAUACUGUUUGUUUUGCUGAUGAAGCUGGUCAUGUCUUAUAUUCGGGGAGUGAUGAUCACCUUUGUAAGGUUUGGGAUAGGCGAUGUCUUGGUACAGUAGGGAAAGAAUCCGGAGUUCUUACUGGACAUCUCGAAGGAAUUACAUUCAUUGAUAGUCGUGGAGAUGGCAAAUAUCUGAUUUCAAAUGGAAAAGAUCAAACUAUUAGAUUAUGGGAUAUCAGGAAAAUGUCCUCAAACAUUCGCGGAAUUACAAUGCCUAGGCAUGUUGAAUGGGAUUACAGAUGGAUGGAAUACCCAUCACAUUUAAGAAACCGAAAACAUCCAAAUGAUCAAUCUCUCGCUACAUAUAGAGGUCAUAGAGUCUUGCGAACACUCAUUAGAUGCUAUUUCUCCCCGUCAUACAGCACCGGACAAAAGUACAUAUACACUGGAUCGGCUGAUGCCCACAUUUAUGUUUAUGAUCUGGUGACUGGAGCUCUCGUUGCAAAACUCAAAUUUCAUGACCAAAUUGUAAGAGAUUGCAGUUGGCAUCCUUUUAGCCCGAUGCUUGGCAGCUCAUCAUGGGAUGGGGUAAUUGCUAAUUGGGAAUUGAGUGAAACAAAAAGAUUCCAUUGCCCAUGAAACUGAUCCGUUGGUGCGUGUUGAUGUUUAAAAAAUAAAGCCGUCUCAUGCACUUAUGUUACGGUGUUACAAUAUCUUGUUGAUCCAUCACUCCAUGGAUACUUUUUCUUAUGCAUGUUGUAAUGUUGCUACUUUUUAAGCUGUGACAUAUUUGCUAGCUAUGUUUGUAGAAGCAUUGUUAUGUGCAUGCUAUGUGUUCGUUCUCGAUGCUCUCGCUAGCCAUGUCACAUUGUGGUAGUUGUGGUGAUAUUUUGUGUAGACACUUGGCUCUUAAUGUCAUGGCUUGAUCAAGUGCAGAUCCAUAGAGCA